AGUUGUGCGUGUCUUCACCUCUCCGUGCACUUUAAACUCCUGUAAGUCCUGUGAUAUCUGCGGUGAUACUGAGCUGCAGCCUCACACACACGCGGUCAGCUGUGCUCGUCUCUGCUCGUCUCUGAACUUUGUUGUUGAAGCGUCUGCAGCUCGCUGUCAUGAACCCGGCAGUGACAGUGAAGGCGGACUGAGCUGUGGGACUGAACUCUGAAUGUGAAGAGCUGUGAACUCCGGCUGCUGCAUGAAAGACAGAAAACAGACUCUGAAGUUUGUUUUUGAGGCUGUUGAAGUUUGGAGCAGAAAGUGUUUUUUGCGUGUUUCUUAUUUUUUUUGGAGGAGCCUGAAGCCGCUGCAGGAUGUCUGACUCUGCCUCCAGCUUCCUUCAUAUCGGGGAUAUCGUGUCUCUGUACGCUGAGGGGUCAGUGAACGGCUUCAUCAGCACCCUGGGCUGCUCCACAUGAAGAGUAAUAAAUACCUGACGGUGAACAAGCGUCUGCCGGCUCUGCUGGAGAAGAACGCCAUGCGGGUCACUCUGGACGGGACGGGCAACGAGGGCUCGUGGCAUUUCAUCCAGCCGUUCUGGAAGCUCCGCGCCAACGGAGACAACGUUGUCGUGGGAGACAAAGUGAUCCUGAACCCGGUGAACGCAGGUCAGCCACUGCACGCAUCCAACUACGAGCUGACCGACCAUCCAGGCUGCAAAGAGGUGAACUCGGUGAACUGCAACACCAGCUGGAAGAUCAACCUGUUCAUGAUGUUCAGCGACCACAGAGAGGAAGUCCUGAAAGGAGGCGACGUCGUUCGUUUGUUUCACGCCGAGCAGGAAAAGUUUCUGACCUGCGACGAAUAUAAAAGCAAACUUCACGUUUUCCUCCGAACGACGUUGAGACAGUCUGCGACCUCAGCGACCAGCUCCAACGCUCUGUGGGAGGUCGAGGUUGUCCAUCAUGACCCGUGCCGUGGAGGGGCGGGACACUGGAACAGCCUCUACCGCUUCAAACACCUGGCCACCGGCAACUACCUGGCUGCUGAGGAGAACCCCGGCUAUAAAGGAGACAGCCCAGAUCUCUCCGCCUCGAUGGACAGUAGUCGUAGCAACAAGCGUUCCCAUGGCGAGAGGAUCAAGUACAAGCUGGUCGCCGUGCCUCAUGGGAACGACAUCGCCUCGCUGUUCGAGCUCGACCCGACUACGCUGCAGAAGACCGACUCCUUUGUCCCGCGGAACUCGUACGUGCGACUGAGGCACCUCUGCACCAACACCUGGAUCCAGAGCACCAACGUUCCCAUCGACAUCGACGAGGAGAGACCCAUCAGACUCAUGUUGGGAACUUGUCCCACCAAAGAAGACAAGGAGGCGUUCGCCAUCGUCUCCGUCCCUGUGAUGGAGAUCAGAGAUCUGGACUUUGCUAACGACGCCAGCGCCAUGCUGAGCACCGUAGUGGACCAGUUCAGCCAAGGCUUCAUCAGCCAGAACGACCGCCGCUUUGCCAUCAAGCUGCUGGAGGACGUCGUCUUCUUCGUGGCCGACGUCAUCAACAGCGGUCAGCCGGUCCUCGACGUCAACAUGAGCAAAGCCAACCGAGAGAGACAGAAGCUGAUGAGAGAGCAGAACAUCCUCAAACAGAUCUUCGGCAUCCUGAAGGCUCCCUUUAAGGACCGGGGGGGAGGGGAGGGGCCUCUGCUGCGUCUGGAGGAGUUGGCCGACCAGAAGAACUCUCCCUACCAGUACAUGUUCAGACUCUGCUACCGAGUCCUGAGACACUCCCAGGAAGACUACCGCAAGAACCAGGAGCACAUAGCGAAGCAGUUUGGCGUGAUGCAGAGUCAGAUCGGUUACGACAUUCUGGCCGAGGACACGAUCACGGCUCUACUGCACAACAACCGCAAACUGCUGGAGAAACACAUCACCAAGACCGAGGUGGAGACGUUCGUCAGCCUGGUCCGAAAGAACCGGGAACCGAGGUUUCUGGACUACCUGUCAGACCUGUGUGUGUCCAACAACGUGGCCAUCCCCGUCACACAGGAGCUCAUCUGUAAAUGUGUGCUGGACCCCAAAAACCAGGAUAUCCUCAUCAAGACAGAGCGUCGUGUCCCCAAAGAGGCGCCCUCUGGUGGUCAGGGAGAAUACUUGGAUGACUUCGGAGACGAUGACGAGGUGUGGCUGCUAUGGAUAGACAAGACCAAUGAGAAACAGGAAAAGAGCAUCAGACAGCUGGCUCAGGAGGCGAGGCAGGGGAACGCUCACGAUGAGAACGUCCUGACCUACUACAGGUACCAGCUGAAGCUCUUUGCCCGGAUGUGUUUGGACCGUCAGUAUCUGGCCAUAGACGAGAUCUCCAAACAGCUGGACAUUGAGCUCAUCUUCCUGUGCAUGAUGGACGAGACGCUGCCCUUUGACCUCCGGGCGUCUUUCUGUCGCCUCAUGCUUCACGCCCACGUAGACCGAGACCCUCAGGAGCUGGUGACUCCUGUGAAGUUCGCCCGCCUCUGGACUGAAAUCCCCACGUCUAUCACCAUCAAAGAUUACGACUCCAACAUGGACGACAGCAGAGACAACAAGAAGAACCGUUUCUCCAACACCAUGGUGUUCAUGGAAGAAUAUCUCAACAACGUUCUGCACGACGAGCUGCCGUUCCACAACGAGGAGAAGAACAAACUCACAUACGAGGUGGUGAGUUUGGCCCGACAUUUGAUCUACUUUGGUUUCUACAGUUUCUUUGAGCUGCUCAGACUCACCAGAACGCUGCUCGGCAUCAUCGACUGCAGACCGAACCCGGCACACGCUGCGCUCUUAUUCCAUGAUGACGGAUCAGGGAAGAACGUGAAGCGCUCCAUACACGGGAUGGGGCAGAUCAUGUCCACCAUGGUGCUCAACAGGAAGCAGUCCAUAUUUGGCGGCGGGGGAGCCCGAGGGGCGGGACUGGGGGCGGGGCUUGUGCUUGAAGGACAGAGAGGCAGUAAGGACAGUAUAGAAAAGAUGGACCUGACAGUGAUGGACACCAAGCUGAAGAUACUGGAGAUAUUACAGUUUAUCCUGAACGUUCGUCUGGACUACCGCAUCUCCUUCCUGCUGUCCGUCUUUAAGAAGGAGUUUGUGGACGUUUAUGAGAUGGCCGACGCCGACGCCACCACGAACCUGGAGCAGGCGGCCACCAUCAACCUGCUACACAUUGGGGAGCAGGCGGAGGCCAUGUUUGGAGUCGGUAAGGGGAACAGUAUCCUGGAGGUGGAUGAUGAAGGUGGUCGGAUGUUUCUGCGGGUGCUGGUUCACCUCACCAUGCACGACUAUCCUCCUCUGGUGUCUGGAGCCCUGCAGCUGCUCUUCAGACACUUCAGCCAGAGACAGGAAGUGCUGCACACCUUCAAACAGGUCCAGCUGCUGAUCUCGUCUCAGGAUGUUGAGAACUACAAGCUGAUCAAAGCGGAUCUGGAUCGGCUCCGCACGCUGGUGGAGAAAUCUGAGCUGUGGGUUGAGAAGAAAGGCACAGGGGGAGGAGACGGAAAGAAGGAAAAGAAAGAGAAAGGAGAGGGGGCAUUAGAGGAAACGACUCCCAAGAAGGACAAAUUGGAGAAGAGCAACGAGAACUACCAGAAUGUCAAAGAGAUCCUGGAGAGGCUCAAUAAGAUGUGCAGCAGUGGAGUUUGGAAGAAGCAGCAGAGACUGUUGAAGAACAUGGGAGCUCAUAAAGUCAUGCUGGACCUGCUGCAGGUGUCGUACGACCAGAACGACGUGAAGAUGCAGGAGAUCAUCAGGUUCACUCACCUGUUCCUGCAGAAGUUCUGCAUGGGGAACCAGGAGAACCAGACUCUGCUGCACAAGAACCUCAAUCUGUUCCUGAACCCCGGGCUGCUGGAGGCGGAGACGGUUCAACACAUCUUCAGUAACAACUAUCAACUGUGCAGCGAGAUCUCAGAGAGCGUCCUGCAGCACUUCAUCCACUGCCUGGCAACGCACGGCCGCCACGUCCAGUACCUCAACUUCCUCCACACCAUCAUCAAGGCCGAGGGCAAGUACGUGAAGAAGUGCCAGGACAUGAUCAUGACCGAGCUAACGAACUCGGGCGAGGACGUCGUCGUCUUCUACAACGACAAAGCCUCAUUCAACGUCAUGCUGGAGCUGAUGGCGGAGAGCAGGGAGGGAGUCGGCGAGAGCAGCCCCCUCAGGUAUCACAUCUCUCUGGUGGAGCUGUUAGCGGCCUGCGCUGAAGGGAAAAACGUUUACACAGAGAUCAAAUGUACGUCGCUGCUGCCGCUGGAGGACGUAGUCAGAGUGGUGACGCACGACGACUGCAUCACCGAGGUGAAAGUGGCCUACGUGAACUUUGUGAAUCACUGCUAUGUGGACACUGAGGUGGAGAUGAAGGAAAUCUACACGUCGAACCACAUCUGGAACCUGUUUGAAGACUUCACGGUGGACAUGGCGAGGGUCUGCAGCAAACGAGAGAAGCGUCUCUCUGAUCCCAUCCUGGAGAAAUACAUCAUCAACGUGGUGUUUGACACCAUCCACGCUUUCUUCAGCUCCCCGUUCUCUGAGAACAGCACCUCUCUGCAGACUCAUCACACCAUCGUCACUCAGCUGCUUCAGUCGUCCGUCAGACUGCUGGACGCUCCGUGGCUGCAGCAGCAGCACAGAGUGCAGGUGGAGACCUGCAUCAAGACUCUGGCUAUGACAGCUAAGAGUCGCUCCAUCUCUCUUCCUCUGGACCUGGAGGCUCAGAUCAGCUCCAUGUUAUCUACCUCUGCUCUAAACUCGUUGUCUCGCUCCAACCCGAACUACAAGUCUUCGUCCCGCUCGUCCCGACCCAUCGCCCCUAGCAACCCUUGGGACUACAAAAACAUCAUAGAGAAGCUGCAGGACAUCAUCAACACUCUGGAGGAGCGUCUGAAGCCGUUAGUAAACGCUGAGUUGUCGGUUCUGGUCGACGUUCUUCACCAGCCGGAGCUUCUGUUUCUGGAGGGAACCGACGCUCGACAGCGCUGCGAGUCCGGAGGCUUCAUCUCUAAGCUCAUCCAGCACACGAAGGCUCUGAUGUCUGCAGAGGAGAAGUUGUGUAUCAAAGUGUUGCGGACGCUGCAGGAGAUGCUGAUCAGGACUCUGGACUUUGAUGAAAAGGGAAUAUCUCUGCGGAAAGUUCUGCUGCAGAACUAUCUGUUUCCCAACAAGAAGAACAACCCGAAGAACGACCUGGCUGAGCUCGGAGCUGCAGGCUGGGAGCAGGAGCGUGAUUGGGCGACGGUGGCGGCGGUUCAGUGCCGCCUGGACAGAGAAGGAGGAACGAAGCUGUUCACAGAUCUGGUGAUGAGCACCAAGAACGACAAGAUCUUCCAGGAAAGCAUCCAGCUGGCCAUCUGUCUGCUGGAGGGAGGAAACACGGAGAUACAGAACUCCUUCUAUAAGCUGAUGAUGGGAGACAACAAGUCGGAGAAGUUCUUCAAGGUUCUUCACGACAGGAUGAAAGACGCGCAGACGGACAUUAAAGCUACAGUGUCUGUUAACGUUGGAGAGAUGACGCACAAAGCCAACGAGAAGGAGCUGGAGAACGGAGUAGCGUCUCCAGCGUUGGUACUUCCUGCAGGCCUCCCUCUGAUGGUCUCGGGUCAGUCUAUCGCCCCUGUAGGAGCCAGCAUGCCGGUUCAGCCUGUGGCCGAGCAGCGGGAGGUGGAGACGGAGAUGGGACCAGCUGUUAUCAUCAUGAAGCCGAUCCUCAGGUUCCUGCAGCUGCUGUGUGAGAACCACAACCACGACCUGCAGAACUUCCUGCGCUGCCAGAACAACAAGACCAACUACAACCUGGUGUGUGAGACGCUUCAGUUCCUGGACAUCAUGUGUGGAAGCACCACCGGAGGCCUCGGCCUGCUGGGCCUCUACAUCAACGAAUCAAACGUCCACUUAAUCACACAGACGCUGGAGACCCUGACGGAGUACUGCCAGGGCCCCUGCCAGGAGAACCAGACCUGCAUCGUGACCCACGAGUCCAACGGCAUCGACAUCAUCACGGCUCUGAUCCUGAAUGACAUCAGUCCGCUGUGUCGGUACCAGAUGGAGAUGGUGCUGCAGCUGAAGGACAACGCCUCCAAGCUGCUGCUGGCGCUGAUGGAGAGUCGUCACGACAGCGAGAACGCGGAGAGGAUUCUGUUCAACCUGCGACCUCGAGAGCUGAUGGAGGUGAUAAAGAAGGCGUACUGUCAGGAGAGCGAGUGUGAGGGCGGUGAGGUUUCUCCCCGUGAGGUCGGACAUAACAUCUACAUCCUGGCUCAGCAGCUGGCCAGACACAACAAGAUCCUGCAGAACCUCCUGAAAACUCAGAAGAAAAGUAAAGAGGGAGACGAAGGCAUCUCCUCCAUGCUGAACCUGAACAACCGUCCGCUGUCCCAGAUGUUAACGUCUUCUGCUCCGGCUGCUGUAGUGGAGCAGGAUCCGCUGGAGUACUACGACCUGCUGACUGCUCAGAUAGAGAUCGUGCGUGACGACCGCAGCAUGGAGCAGAUCGUGUUUCCGGUUCAUCCGAUCUGUGAGUUCCUGACGGAGGAAUCCAAAUACCGCGUCUUCAACACCACCGAGCAGGACGAGCAGGGGUCAAAGGUCACACAUUUCUUUGAGCAAACUUCCUUCCUGCAUGGAGAGAUGGAGUGGCAGAAGAAGCUGCGGAGUAUGCCAGUGUUGUUCUGGUUCUCCAGGAGGAUGAGUCUUUGGGGAACCAUCUCCUUUAAUCUGGCCGUCUUCGUCAACCUCAUCAUCGCCUUCUUACCGUACGACUCAGGACAAGGAGCGAUCGAUGACUCCCUGUUGUUGAUGUUGUUCUGGAUCCUGACGGGUCUCUCGGUUGUUGGAUUGUUCUCUCAGCGUUACGGCUUCCAGCCGCUCACGCUGGCUCUGAUACUCAGAUCUAUUUACCACUUCGGCAUCGGGAACACUCUCAUACUGCUGGGAUCACUCAAUCUCAUCAAUAAAGUCGUCUUCGUGGUGAGCUUCGUGGGGAACAACGGGACGUUUAUUAUGGGAUACAAAGCCAUGGUGAUGGAUAUGGAGUUCCUCUACCAUCUGGGAUACGUGUUGACGUCCACACUCGGCCUGUUUGUCCACGAGCUCUUCUACAGCAUCCUGCUGUUUGACCUGAUCUACCGGGAGGAGACGCUGUUUAACGUGAUAAAGAGCGUGACUCGUAACGGUCGCUCCAUCCUGCUGACAGCGCUGCUCGCUCUCAUCCUCGUCUACCUCUUCUCCAUCGUCGGCUUCCUCUGCCUGAAGGAAGACUUCAUCAUGGAGGUCGACCGGCUGCCGCAGAUCGCUGCAGCUCCUCAGCAGAGUGAAGCCUCGCAGGAGUUCCUCAAGUCCUGCUCCUCAGACGGCGUCAGCUGCACCGCAGAGACCAGCGGCGUCACCGCGACCGAGGACGAAGAGGUGGCCGACACUGAGCGGGCGUGUGACACUCUGUUGAUGUGUAUUGUGACGGUGUUGAACCACGGCCUGAGGAAUGGAGGAGGAGUCGGCGAUGUUCUCCGCAAACCAUCCAAAAAUGAGCCGUUGUUUCCCGCCCGGGUGGUGUACGACUUGUUGUUCUACUUCAUCGUCAUCAUCAUCGUCCUCAACUUGAUCUUCGGUGUGAUUAUCGAUACGUUCGCUGACCUGAGGAGCGAGAAACAGAAGAAAGAGGAAGUCCUGAAGACAACAUGUUUUAUAUGUGGCCUGGAAAGAGAUAAGUUUGACAAUAAGACUGUGUCAUUUGAGGAUCACAUCAAACAGGAGCACAACAUCUGGAACUACCUGUUCUUCAUCGUUCUGGUGCGCGAGAAAAAUAAGACGGACUACACCGGACCUGAGAGCUACGUGGCUCAUAUGAUCAAGAACAACAACCUGGACUGGUUUCCACGGAUGCAGGCAAUGUCUCUGGUGGUAACCGAUGGUGACGGGGAGCAGAACGAGAUGAGGAUGUUACAGGACAAACUGUCGUCAACCAUGAGGGUGGUGACUACGCUGACCAGUCAGCUGAAUGAGCUAAAAGAGCAGAUGACGGAGCAGAGGAAGAGGAGGCAGAGGAUGGGAUUCGUUGAUGUCCAGGCGGGAGCGAGUGCCGCUGCUGCAGUUCCCCCCAGCGCUGCAGGAGGAAACCACCAAAUGUACAAGACAUAAAGAGACGAUUUAAA